AUGAAUAUUGUGAAUUAUUCUUAUCAAACAGUUAAAGAAAAGUUUAAAAGUAAAUACAAGUUAAUUGUUGAGAAAGCUGAGGAAACUCACAACGAAUAUCUGAUUGACUUCGCACAUUCUCUUAGAAUUUCUGAGAAUUCUACAUAUUUUUAUAGUUAUAAUAAAAACAGUUCUGGACAAAGAUAUCUUCCAACAUCAUGUCCAAUCGAACCAGCUUCAUUUUUCGUAAAGGAUUUAGCUAUAGAUGGAAGCUUUUUGGCAUAUGCGAAUACACUAACCAAAAUUUAUACUACAGCCGACUUUACAACGAGAAAUAAUGAAAAAGUGAAAUUUCGUUACCUAAGAAAUGAGGAGAAGAAAGAAAAAUGCAAACUAAAGUCAGACUUUAAUCAGUAA